UGAACCGUGAGAGAGUAGAAAGAGUACACGAUCGUUCCAAAGUUUUGCUUUCAUUGCAUUCCGCUGUUAUAACCUCUUUUUUCAAUAAAAUUAAAAUUCGGUAAAGCUAUCGUGAUGGGAGUUUUUCAACUUGCAACGUUUAUGAAAGAAUCAUUGCCCAAUGGGACAUGUGAAGUAUCGAUUAAAAGGGAAUGCCAACAAUUUCAAGAGAGAACCGGAGAGCGACCAACACUAGUCUUUGACGUUUUGUCAAUAUUUGCGAUAUUUCGAAACAACAAAGUGUGGACUUUGUGUGGAGGACGUCAUCAAAUAUUCCGCAAGGAAUUUGAAACGUUUUUGGAAAAUCUUUCCGAAUUUGCUAAUUUGGUAUUCUAUGAGGAUGGACCAAGCGUCAAAAUAAAAGAACUUACAAAGACCAAUCGACGAAGAGAUAGACAAGACUUGGAAAUUGAGAUCAUCAAGCAAAUUGAUGAAGGAACGCCGCUGAAAGAAUUAACCAACGUUCCACGUAUUAAAACGUCCCUGGGCUUCCUAAGAAAAUUUGGAAAACACUUCAUUGCCGUGACAAAAGAAUGCGAUACAGAAAUCGCACGUUAUGCCAGUAACGAUUCAUCAGUUUUAGCUGUUCUGUCCGAAGACACUGACUUCCUUAUUUUUCCUGGACCCUGGCGAUAUUUUUCGAUUGAAAGUGUUAACUUGAAAGACACCGAUUUGACGACAAUUGAAUACAGUCGAACUGCAUUGCGCAACUACUUGGGAUUGAACGACAAGCAAAUGAUUAUUUUGUCAACACUCGGCGGAAAUGAUAUUGUGGGUCGUCUGGAAGUGCGUCAGUUCCACCGAAGACUUGGCUGCACGCGAGAAAACAAAUUUCCAUUGCUUGCAAAGUAUAUCAAAGGACUUCCAAUGAAAUUUUAUCCACUUCUCUACACAAUUGCCAGUGAAGUCUUGCGUAAUGACCUACCGCAAACAACGGAUCGACUCAAUGAAUCUUUCGAACAGUACAAUAUCAAGUUCGAUACUGACGACUACAGCUCAGACCCAUUAUUGCGCUAUUGCUUGGAAAACAAAUUAAAAUGCUGUUUAAAGGCCCUCGUUCGAUUCGACAUGAAUAAGAUGAUUAAGGAGCAGCAUUGUGAAUAUGUCCCAAAUUACAACAACGCAUUGAUGGAUUUGUCGAAGAAGCAAUACGGAGUCCUUUUUCAACACAAACAAUUUGACGAAGUUUAUGAAGAGAAUUGCAAACCCAUUUAUCCCGACGUUACGGUUCCACCAUUGAUGGAACUUCUGAACAGAGCCGAGCAUCCAGAACAUGAUACGCUGCGUCUCAAGUUGCUAAAAUGGAUGAUCAACGACGAAUUGCUUGCACCUCAUGACUUGGCUCUCAUCACACAAAAAUACUUGCUGCCUAUACUCAUACUGGUGUUCAUGACCACUCACGGUUUCAUUACUGUUUCGGAAGCCGACUUGAUUUUAUACACACUCAGGCAAGUUGAUCUUGAGUUAGUGCCGACCGCUUUGGAAGCUCCAGAAAUUAUCGAUGCACGUGCAUACCGCAUCUCAUUACUAUUCAACAAAUUGGUUCCUCAUAUGGCACAAUCUGUCAUUUUUUCAGGACUCACUCAUUCCAUUGAGCCGACGGUUUUUGAUGGCGUUUUUUUCAACGCUAAAUAUUUGGAAUUUGAAUUCAGUGCAAUUGAUCAUCUCGACGAUCUUACAGCCUAUCGUCUUUAUGCAUAAGAUUAUGUGAAUCCAACCAAGCCGAAUGUUUUGUUUCGGAGUUUAAAAAUAAAUUUUCCAUUUUAGAAUGGAAGUUUGAGGUGGAACAUCAACAAAAUUCAAGUUAAAAGUGUCCGAUAUAUUUGUUUGCAUCUGCUUAACAUCGGGUGGGUAACUACUGCCAAAAUAUGUGGACCACAAAUUCAAAUUCCAAUUCUAUUUCAAAACUUAUCCCUUAAUUCCGAAAAUUAUAAUCCUAAUAGCCAAGUUUUGGGAACGUUUUCCAUUUUUAUUGGGCAUUAGUUUUGUCGGAUAAAACCCCGAAAAUUCCACUUUAUUUCCAAAACUGUAGCACCAAUUUCGGAAGUAGUUACCCUUUCGCUGAACAUACAUUAUAACAGAGAACACUAAUGACGUGUCACUUCGAACGUUUAAGGACACAUUGAAUAAUAUAAACGUCACUGACUUCCUAAUGAAUCGACGUAUUUUCCAGAUGUGCUCCAAUGUACUUUACUUUUCUCGAACAA